AAUGUGAUAUUUUUCGAAUUUAUCUCUGGGUUCAUACCAAAUAUUCUAAAUUAAUACAACUAAAUAAUCAAGGGUGGACUUCUGUACACACCCCAAAGGCCCAAACUAACUAAACCCACGCUCAAUCCUUCCCCCAGCCUCAAACUUCUAAUCUAUUUACCAAACCCCCUAGACUUAACUAAUUCAUCAAUUACCUCCCUAAACUUUAUUUUUAUAUUAAUUCCACAAAUACUUUGAUUUCCUCUUAAUUGCGAUAAAUCAUUUAAAAAGUGUUUAGGUAAAUCACGUCUUAAUUGCGAUAAAUCAUUUCCUCUUAAUUGCGAUAAAUCAUUUCCUCUUAUUUAAGAAUUUUAAGGGUGGGGUUCUCCACAAAAUAAUGGACCCCACAUCUAAAUACACAUAUACAACAUAUACUUAUACACAUAUGAAUUUUUAGAAUUUCAAUGGGUAGAACUUCCAUUGGAGGUGCUCUUAAUUACUAGUGAGGAUGCUAGCCAUAGACGGCAGUGUUUAAGAAGACUUUGAGUCUGGGUUACUAGAAGUGGAUGGAACCGUUGGGCUGGUCGAGGGCAGCAUCGGUUAAUCUGAAUCAUUGCUUGCUGCUAUGGGUUUGGUUGAAUGCUUGGAGUUAUCAUAGUCUUUGAGUAGAUGGAUGUCUUUUUGUUCCUGCUUUAGUUCUAGAUUCUAGUAUUUAUCCGUUUGUUUUGAUUUAACUCGUAUUACUUUGAUGUAGGUUUUAGCUGCUUAUUUUUUAGGUUUUUGUUUCAGCGGGUUAUCUGUUAUCCCCAAAAAAAAAAAUACAAGUCAGUACAAACAAUUAAUUUUGAAGCCCAACACUUGUGAUAUAUUGGACGAAGGCGGGAGAAUAGUGUUGAGGCCCAGCAGCAGAGAUCAGAUCAGAGAGCUUCCUUCCUUCCUUGCUUGAUCAACAAUGGAAUACCGCAAAAUCAAAGAUGACGACGAUGAGGUUCAGGAGGAUAACGACGUCGCUUCGGAUCUCGAGAGCUUGAAAGGAAAAUCUCACACCGUUGCGUCGAGUAACAUUGCUCUGGCUACUCUAGGUGGAUAUACUGAGCGAACAACCUGGAAGCGAAAGGGUGUAGUAACGUGUGCACUGACUAUUCUCACGAGUUCUCAAGCCAUACUCAUCGUUUGGUCUAAGCGAGCUGGCAAGUAUGAGUACAGUGUCACUACCGCCAACUUCUUAGUUGAGACUCUGAAAUGUGCGUUAUCUCUGCUUGCAUUAACAAGAAUAUGGAAGAACGAUGGUGUUACUGACGACAACAGGUUGAGCACAACAUAUGAUGAAGUUAAAGUCUUUCCCAUUCCUGCAGCUUUGUAUCUUUUCAAGAAUCUCUUACAGUAUUAUAUUUUUGCAUACGUAGACGCACCAGGCUAUCAGAUAUUGAAGAACCUGAACAUCAUCAGUACUGGUGUCUUGUACAGAAUUAUACUUAAGAAAAAGUUGAGCGAGAUUCAGUGGGCGGGCUUCAUCCUAUUGUGUUGUGGAUGCACCACUGCUCAACUGAAUUCAAAUUCUGAUCGUGUACUUCAGACAUCUCUUCCCGGUUGGAUUAUGGCAAUUAUUAUGGCCCUUUUAAGUGGUUUCGCCGGAGUGUACACAGAGGCUAUUAUAAAGAAGCGACCUUCAAGGAAUAUAAAUGUACAGAACUUCUGGCUAUAUGUCUUUGGGAUGGCUUUCAAUGCUGUUGCUAUUGUGAUCCAAGAUUUUGAUGCCGUUGCUAAUAAGGGAUUCUUCCAUGGUUACUCAUUCAUCACAGUACUCAUGAUUCUUAACCAUGCUCUCAGUGGCAUUGCUGUGUCAAUGGUGAUGAAAUAUGCAGACAAUAUCGUAAAGGUUUAUUCAACAUCAGUGGCAAUGCUUCUCACCGCGGUUGUCUCUGUAUUCCUCUUCAAUUUUCAUCUUUCCCUUGCCUUCUUUUUGGGUUCAACGGUCGUCUCUGUUUCAGUAUAUUUGCAUUCAGCCGGGAAGCUACGAUAGUAAAAGAAAAAUCUCUCAACUCUUUGACAACAAAAGAUCCACCACUAUAUUCUAGCAUAGAGAUAAAGCUUUUGAACAGUUGCGAUUUUGUAGUUGGUGUAUAUUGAAUAUACGUUACUGUCUGAAAGUGAAGCUAUGUUGUUGAAACAUUGCAUUUUAUAUAUAUUCGUUACACGUUUUCCA